GCGGGUUCCGGUUCCGGUGCGGCCGCGGACGGGAGGGGAUGGCGGCGCUCGGGAGGGUCCCGCGGCUGCUGCUCGGCGCCGCCGCGCCGCGCGCAACGCCGGGGCGGACCAUGGCGGCGGCCGCGGCCCACGAGGGCGGCGGAGCCCGCCUCUGGAAGCUCUUGUCCUUCGUGGUUGCUCUCCCUGGGGUUGGCGUUUGCAUGCUGAACUGCUACUUGAAGGGAAAGGAAGAGCAUGAGAGACCCGAGUUUGUUCCUUACCCUCACCUCCGGAUCAGGACCAAGCGUUUCCCCUGGGGUGACGGGAACAAAACUCUGUUCCACAACCCCCAUGUUAAUGCUCUCCCAACCGGUUAUGAAGAUUAAAACUGAGAUCCUGACUACAGACAGAACUUCAUCUUUUUCCAUCUUGGACCAUAAGGUUGUGUGGGCAUCUUCACAGAGGGAACUGCAUUCCUGCUACGAUGAUGCAGAGUGGGGUCUGAGCUUGUGUAGAGGUCCUUUAAAUAAACAACCCUGAACUUGAA